CGGCAUUGCCUUUGGUUGUGCAAUGUAACCCGUGAUAUAAAAUGUGUAAGCCCCUUCUCGUUCUUUUUCAACAAGACUGCUAACGGAGUCAUUGUAAAAUGCCUCUGGCAAAAGAUCUCCUUCACCCCUCUUUGGAGGAAGAGAAACAGAAAUGCAAACUAAAAAGAUUGGUGCAGAGUCCCAACAGUUAUUUUAUGGAUGUUAAAUGUCCAGGGUGUUAUAAAAUCACCACAGUUUUCAGCCAUGCACAGACAGUAGUAUUGUGUGUCGGAUGUUCAACAGUCUUGUGCCAGCCUACAGGCGGUAAAGCCAGGUUGACAGAAGGCUGUUCCUUCCGAAGGAAACAACCAUAAACUGUGAUAAACUGAGUAUGUGUGCUGGAGAGAAGAUUGGUGUAUGUGAAAUACCUGUGAAGAUUUUGUACAAAUGAAAGAAGAAGAUUAUUAUUUAUUGAUCAUUCUUGUUGAUGAUGAACUUUCAACUUUAAACUCUUGAUUUAUGAUUGUCAUUGUUAAGUACUGUGCUGAAUUGUGAAACUUGUCAUUGUUAAAUACUAAAACACUAGAGGCUUUAUUCCAUUCACGUUAUUCCAAGUUUCAAGAAAUGAUUAUGUAAAUACGAUACUAAUUAUGAAAAAAAAGAACCCAAUUCAACACAGAAUCAUUCAUUAGUCAAAUGCUUAUUCUGCUAUGUUAAAGCCUGGACAUUGUGAUAAUAAAAUCUUUAGGUUUUCACAAACACCA